AUGGGGAUGUACAAGCAGCUCCCUGACUGGAACAUGUGGUUGACUCAACGUGGCGAGUCCGGCGGCGAUGGAUUCUGGGUUGUUUGCGGCAGCGUUGGAGACCAGGAUCGCCAUUACUUGGUGCCUGUGGCAUCAAUUGGCUUUGCUUCUGAUGAAGAUGAUCCUCACUCCGUCGGCUCUAGCGAUCGUGUUUUGGCAGAGGUUCCAAACCAAACUACAUUGAAUCUCAUUCACAAGUGGCUCAAAGCCUGCGAUGAGCACCCGCACUGCAAAGCGCAGCACGCUCCAAUGCCAACUCGCCUGUUAGAUGUCGGCACAUCGGACUCUGGGUCAAUUAUUAAACUAGUUCAGCCGGACCCUAACCUCUGUGACCGCUAUGUUACCCUCAGUUACUGUUGGGGAAAAGGGGAGAAACACUUUGUUACUACCAGUGAGACCAUUCAGGCUCGAAGAAACGGCAUUGAAAUCGAUCAACUCCCGCAAACUCUCCGAGACGCUGUAACUCUGACUCGGAUGGUCGGAGUGAGGUACCUUUGGAUCGACAGUCUGUGUAUCUGCCAGGAUGACCUGAAUGAUUGGGAACGGGAGUCGGCGCAAAUGGCCGCCGUUUACUCGAACUCUUAUCUCACCCUUGCUGCUGUAAAGUCUCCCGAUACGAACGGAGGUUUGCUGUCGGCGCGGACGCCGCGAGAAUAUUUCAAACUUCUACGGAAAGGUUCUUCUCCGGAUCACUAUAUCUUGGCAACGGCGUUGGCCCUCGAUCUGGACACUAUCCACUAUUUUCACCUCCGGAUGAGAAAGGAGCCUCUCAUGAAGAGAGCUUGGGGGUUUCAGGAACGCAUCCUGGCCCGCAGAAUCUUGCACUUCGCAAGCGAGCAGAUGUAUUGGGAAUGUCUUGAAGGGUUUGAAGCAGAGCAAGGACUGAAGCUGAAAUACCGUUUACCCUUCGUCAGCGAUAACACUCAGCUUGUGGAGUACCGAGACCAGCGUCACAAAAUGGCCCAACCCAUAAAGCCUAAAUAUGAAGGGUACGAACAAAACUCCAAACUGAUAGGAAAUUGGCACGAACUCCUCCGCGAGUACGGUCCGAGAGAGUUGACAAAUCCUUUGGACAAGCUUCCAGCAUUCUCUGGCAUUGCCAAGUCCUUAAGCAAGAGCUUCAAGGAUGAAUACUUGGCUGGACUUUGGCGUGGGUCCUUGAUCGAAUGCUUAUGCUGGCAGGCUCUGCGUUGCAAGCCAGUCGGUCAAUACCGUGCACCCUCAUGGUCCUGGGCCGCAGUCGACGGAAUACCGGCGACCGGCUUACUUGGAGUGACGGAGGAAGUAGCAAACAUUCUGGAAGUCAAGGUUGAAAUCGACGGGGACAACCCCUUUGGCCGUGUAAAGGACGGCUGGAUCACGCUCGAGGCGCCCCUGGUCAAAAUGUCACUCUCCGAGGCCAAGGGGCCCACAGGUCACAUGCUGUUCCGAAGCGAGAAGGGAGGCGAUGAUUGCUUCGGCAUGCUUGAUACCAUCGACCGAAACUAUGAGGCCAGCGCAGAUCUCAUCAGAUCAAUGGAAGUUUACGCAUUGAUAUUAGCUUACGCGUAUGGCGUACCGGGAGACCCGGAUCCUGAGCGGAAGAACCCCUGCGCUCACGGGAUUUAUGUCACUCCAGCAAUGGACCGGCCAGGCUGUAUGAGAAGAAUCGGCGCAAUCAUUCAGGACGUGAAGGAGUUUGGCGCUGAUGAGCUUGCAUCUUCCAGAACUACCGUAACAAUAGUUUGA